UGAUGCUGCGAGUCUGCAGCUGCAGUGAAGAGGAGCUGUUUACUGCGGACCUGAAGGAGGACAGGAAGGACCGAGGGACACGCGCUGAGACAGACAGGUGGACAGACGGACAGAGACACAGACAGAGGAGGCCUGCAGUGUUAGGAACUUCCUGUGUGUCGGGGUCAGAGGUCACGGCUCCAUGUGGUCUGAUAGAAGAUGAGACACCAUGACUUUGGUUGCACAGAUCCGGAGUCUUUGCAGCCACCAGUGCCGCUGCCGCAGCGAGUGUCAGAGGACGUCCAGGGUGUGUUGGGUGUGUGUGAGGACAGAUCAGCUGGUUGCCAUGGUGAAGAGCUGGAGGAGGGUGGAGCUAAAAACACAGCUCAGAAGGACACAGAUGGAGAAAAGGACAGAUGUGAUUGUGUGAUUGUGUCCUUAGAUGUGAUUGUGUCCUCAGGUGUGAAUAUGUCCUCAGGUGUGAAUAUGUCCUCAGGUAUGAUUGUGUCCACAGGUGUGAUUGUGUCCUCAGGUGUGAUUGUGUCCUCAGGUGUGAAUAUGUCCUCAGGUGUGAUUGUGUCCUCAGGUGUGAUUGUGUCCUCAGGUCUGGUGAACAUGUGUUCCAGUGACGGUCAGAGGAUGUUUGAGGCAGCAGCAGUGGGCAGUCUGUUAGCAGGGGGCCCCCUGGUGGCCGUCCUCGGUGUCGCCUACAACCUGUUCAUACUGGGACCGACGUCUCUGCUGGGCUCAGCUGUCUUCAUCCUCUUCUACCCUGCCAUGAUGUUCAGCUCCAGGUUGACGGCGUACUUCAGGAGGAGGGGCGUGGCCGUCACAGACAGACGGGUGCAGAAGAUGAACGAGAUCCUCAGCCACAUCAAGGUCAUCAAAAUGUACGCCUGGGUCAAAGCCUUCGCCCAGGACGUCCGCAAAAUCCGUGAGGAGGAGCGAAGGAUCCUGGAGCUGACCGGCUACUUCCAGAGCAUCACUGUGGGCGUGGCUCCCCUCGUCGUUGUCAUCGCCAGCGUGGCAACAUUCUCCGUCCAUAUGUUGCUAGGAUACGACCUGACCGCAGCUCAGGCCUUCACCGUGGUGACGGUGUUUAAUGCGAUGACCUUUGCCCUGAAGGUCACUCCGUUCUCUGUCAAGUCUCUGUCUGAGGCCUCAGUGGCUGCAGAACGAUUCAAGAGCCUCUUCCUGUUGCCUGAGGUUGACAGCAUCCGUGCAUUGCCUGGCGAUCCCCAGGUUGCCGUGGAGAUGCGUGGGGCCAGUCUGGCAUGGGAAGGAGGUGGACAGAGCGCUCAGCUGAGCCCACGUGUCCACACAGCCAGCAGACUGAGACACAAGUACAGAGACAGAGACGACCUCCCGGAGGGCGAGGGGGAGGAGGUGACCGGCUCCCUGCUGAGAGGACGAGGAGGUGGAGGAGGAGAAGCCUCCAGUCCAGAGGAGGAAGACGGGGAGGAGGAGGCGUGUCCUCCCCUCUUGCAUGUCCCCCCUGUGUCCCACCGACUUCAGAGCACCCUGCACUGCAUCAACCUGACUGUCCAACAGGUCUGUCCAGGACUCAGGGACAACACAAGGACAGCUCAGGGACAACACAAGGACAUCGGCGAGCGGGGUGCCAACUUGAGCGGUGGGCAGCGCCAGCGAAUCAGCUUGGCUCGCGCCCUCUACAGUGACCGGGACCUUUACAUCCUGGACGACCCGCUGAGUGCCCUCGACGCCCACGUGGCCAACCACAUCUUCCACAGCGCCAUCAGGAAGCAGCUUCGCCACAAGACCGUCAUCUUCGUCACCCACCAACUGCAGUACCUGGUGGACUGCGAUGAUGUCAUCCUGAUGAGGGAGGGAAGUAUCGUGGAGCAGGGUAACCAUGACAACCUGAUGAAACUGAACAGAGACUACGCUGCCAUGUUUAAUCAUUUCCAGCUGGGAGACCCUCCGUACAUCAAAGCUCCCGCCAGGAAGUCCAGCUGUUCUCAGAAGAAAUGUGCCGACAGUAAACAGGGAUCCGUGAAGAAGAAUGCUGCGGUCAUUAAAGAGAACGGGGAGGAGCAGCAGUGUGGGGGCGUGGCCUGGCCCGUGUUCAGGCACUACAUGGUGGCCUGUGGUGGCUCCGCCUCCUGCCUGCUGAUCCUUGUUCUGUUCGUUCUCAACGUGGGAAGCUCCACCUUCUGCCAGUGGUGGCUCAGCUACUGGAUCAACCAGGGCAGCGGGAACACCACGGUAACCCGGGGCAACAGCUCGAUGGUGAGCAUCAGCAUGAAGGACAAUCCCAUGAUGCAACACUAUGCAGCAGUCUACGCCUCCUCCAUGGGAGUCAUGCUCCUCCUCAAACUCUUCAGAGGCAUCGUCUUCGUCAAGGGAACUCUGCGCGCCUCCUCAAAGCUACAUGACCAGCUCUUCCACAAGAUCCUCCGCUGCCCCAUGAAGUUCUUUGACACGACGCCCACCGCAGGAAUCCUCAACCGCUUCUCCAAGGACAUGGACGAAGUCGACACGCGUCUGCCCUUCCAAGCUGAGAUGUUCAUCCAGAACGUGAUCCUGGUCUUCUUCUGCCUGGGCGUCAUCAGCUGUGUUUUCCCAUGGUUCCUGGCAGCAGUGGGUCCCCUGGUGUUGCUGUUUGCGGCACUCCACAGCGUCUCCAGGGUUUUCAUCCGGGAACUGAAGCGUCUGGACAACGUGACGAUGUCACCCUUUAUGUCCCACAUCACCUCCAGUAUCCAGGGCCUGGCCACGCUGCAGGCCUACGGCCGGGGCGGCGACUUCCUCCGCAGGUACCAGGUUCUGCUGGACCAGAACCAGGCUCCCUUUUACCUCUUCAGCUGUGCGAUGCGCUGGCUGGCAGUCCGUCUGGAUGUCAUCAGCGUGGCUCUGAUCAGCAUCACCGCCCUGAUGAUGGUCCUGAUGCACGGCCAGAUCCCUCCUGCCUACGCCGGCCUCGCCAUCUCCUACGCCGUCCAGUUAACAGGGUUGUUCCAGUUCACGGUCCGACUGGCCUCCGAGACCGAAGCUCGCUUCACCUCAGUUGAGAGGAUCCACCACUACAUCCAGUCUCUGUCCCAGGAGGCCCCAGCCCGGGUCAAAGGUCGGGCCCCUCCAGCUGACUGGCCCCAGCAGGGGGAGCUGGUGCUCAAGGAGGUGGAGAUGAGGUACCAGGAGAACCUCCCUCUGGUCCUCAACAGGAUCUCCUGCAGCAUCCGGCCCAAAGAGAAGGUGGGCAUCGUGGGCCGGACUGGAUCAGGGAAGUCGUCUCUGGGCGUGGUCCUGUUCAGGCUGGUGGAGUGCUGCGGCGGCUCCAUCCUGAUAGAUGGCGUGGACAUCAGUGACAUCGGACUGGCUGACCUGCGCAGCAAGCUGUCCAUCAUCCCUCAGGACCCGGUUCUGUUCGGAGGGACUGUCAGGUCCAAUCUGGAUCCUCUGAACCAGUACAGGGAGGAGCAGAUCUGGGAUGCUCUGGAGAGGAGUCACAUGAAGGAGUGUGUGUCCCAGCUGCCCCUCAUGUUGGACUCGGAGGUGGUGGAGAACGGAGAGAACUUCUCUGUAGGAGAGAGACAGCUGCUGUGUGUCGCCAGAGCUCUGCUGAGACAAUGCAAGGUGCUAAUCCUUGACGAGGCAACGGCGGCCAUGGAUGCAGAGACAGACGCUCUGAUCCAGGAGACCAUCAGGAGUUCGUUCCAGGACUGUACGACCCUGACCAUCGCUCAUCGCCUCCACACUGUCCUCGCCUCAGACCGCAUCAUGGUGCUCAACCAGGGUCAGGUGGUGGAGUUUGACGAGCCGUCCAAGCUGCUGGCCAAUGAGAACUCUCGGCUUCGCUCCAUGAUGGUUGCCGUGGAGACCAAGAUCUCUGUCCGAGGAUGAAGACGAGGAUGAGGAUGAGGAUGAAGGUGCUGUUCCUGUACUGUAUAAACUCUAUGUCACUUCCUGUUUCUGCAACAGGAAGACGUUUUUUUUGUUUUGUGUGUGUGUUGGUAUUUUCCUGUCAGCUGUUACUGUGAUGGUGACCUGGUGCCAUCUGAUUGGACGUCUGCAGAGCGUCAGGAGCUGAAAUAUAAGCUGGUUAUUUAUCUGCAUCACUUCCUGUCAUGUUUAUAUUUUUGAUGCUGUCUCCUGAUGUCGUGUUCACACCAGGUGACGAGUGAAUCACAUGUAAAGAUACGAUUACACAUGAAAUCCUGCCGUGUGGCGUGAUGGACAAGAUGGACGUAACACGCAUGACACAAAUUAAGCAGCACAGAAUUCACGAAAAUUCACGUGUCUUUGGCACUUGCAUACACAUGAUGUCACGCAGACAUGACACGAGUCAACACAAAAUAUUCUACUGUUCCAUCUUGUGAGAGUAACGUGACGCGUCUGGUGUGAACGUGACAAAACAGUUUCAUGUACGAUAACUUUCAGUGUGAGUUAGUUUAGUUCAUGUUUCCUGUGAACGAAUGCAGAUGAAGAAAAAUGAUGUGUGUUGACCACACAUGAAACACACACAAAUAAUGAUGAUUAAAAUCAUGAACAAAAAGUUAAAAUACAAUAAAAGAGGACGUUUGUUCAAUGAACGUCAGAUGGUUUGUGAGCUCCCUCUGGUGGCGCACAGAGGAAAUACAACAUAAAUUAAAUUCAUGUUCUGAACAGCUUCACUCUGAUAAACGUCGUCCUGACAUGUUUCUGUUUCAGCCUGUGACCACGUCGCUUUAUGAACGUCGUGAAUUCGUCCUGAUGAGUUACAAGCUGAGCUGUGAUGGGGAGGUCGUCAGCACAGGUCAAAUGAACGGUUUAAAAUCACGGCGCCGUACCAUCGACCCAACGACUCAUUCUGAAACUCUGAUCAUCAGAGGAAACGUGUGAAACUGACCCAAAAACAGCCACUGUGAUGAUAACAAAUGCUCCGUCAUCGACGACCUGGCAUUAUUUAUGAGUCUCCUGCGCUAUGAACACGUGAACAUGGGAACACGUGACCAUGUGACUGUGUGUGUGCACACGCUGAGGUGAGAGGGCCGCACAACCUUUAAACCGGCUGAUUUUUACUGAGACAUCAGUGACACCUCCACACACUCUCCAUUUUCCAGGUAUUUCCAGUCAUUUUUCAGCCCAAACAUGAUCUUUUCCUGAUGAUAACCAAGUCGUGUUUGUGCCUAAACCUAAACAUGUUUUGAAACUUUACGUUUCAACAACAGCAUUGCUGAAGCUACAUAAUAACGUACAAACAUAACGUAUCUGUGGUUCGCAGAAAUGUUCUGUGAUGAGGAGCGACAGAAAAACUGGGAUUGAUCGUCUCGUCAGUCCAAAGACUGCACGCUCUCGCGAGACAGUUUGUGCUAAAAUUUUAACAGUUGUACGUCCAGUUGUCUGUUUGCUGAAGUUGCUCACGCUCUCUGGAGAACUCGUAACGUUGCGUCCGCUCAUCGUCCGCUUGUCGUCCGCUCAUCGUCCGCUCGUCGUCCGCUCCAUCAUUAGCUUUUUUUAAGAUGCAGAGGAAGUCUGCGUCACAUUACAGAUGUUUUAUGGAUCUAAAAAGCAGCUUCAAACUGUCCUGGUGAGUUUCAGAUUGAUCAGAUUGAUCAGAAUGAUCAGCUCCAUUGACCACAGAUCUGUAGCGUUUAAGAUGAGCUGACCCCGCCCUCUGACGUCAUGUCAGAUCAGAAGAAUUGUUAAACUUUACAUAUGUGUUGGUGUUGGUGUUGUUGGGUUUGGGUGCGACACGUCGGCUCCUCAGGGCCCCCAACCUACUUUCAGUUUUGAAAACAUUUCUGACGUCCUUGGUCGCUGAAAUACUCGUGAAACUGAGCUCACAUGUCGACACCUGUGAACUUUACGUGAACAUACAGUGACUGAUUUCAGUGUGUUUCCCCCUGAUGUGAGGGAGGCCUCAGCUGGGACAGAGUUCUUCUCAUAUACACUAAAUUUAGGACGCACAUGUCUCUGAGCAUUUCAGACAUUUUUCUUUUUGGGUCUCAUUAGCUCCGCCCACCCGGAAGUCGGCCAUUUUGCUAUUUGACAUUUUCUACUAACUCCAUAAUACAGAAGAUAUUUUAUGUAACGUACUUAAAUAUGUUCGUAACUUAUAGAAACAGUUUUGUGCUUAAGUCACAUGACAAAGGACUUCCAUCCAAGAGGCUGCUGUUUAUUUCCUGUUUGAAACUAAAACUCAACACUGACUUUUUUUAACUUGUGUAUUAAAAUUAAUUUCCGUCAUGUAGUUAAGUUAUGUGACAAACAGAGGAUGUUAAUGCAGUGCAGCUUCACUUACUGUCCUGGUUUCAUGACCUGAACUGUUGAUGAUGAUGAUGAUGAUGAUGAUGAUGCGUGUGUUAAACUGAACCAGAGUCUGAAGUGACAUCAUCAACACAAACAGCACAAAACGCUGAGAUGAUAAAACAUCACAGUGACCUUCAGAUAAAUAUGUAAAUAAAAGCAAUAAAUAAUAAUAAAAUAUGAAUAUUGAUGGUGAGGCCUGCAGGUGUGUAAAUCUUCUUCUUUUCUUUUUAAAACUCGUGUGUUUGUUUCGUGGCGUCGUCGCAACUCCGCAAAGAUUUAUAUCAAUGUUUCCUGUUUGGACAGAACCGCCAAAAUAAAAGCCACACCACAGGAAGUGGAGAGUCCAGACAUGUGAUGUGUCACAUGACAGCAUGAUUUUUAACAAACAAACAAACAAACAAACAUGUAGAAAACAAUAACAUGUCCAUGUGUUUUUAUAACAGCCUUAGAGCAUGAUGACAUCAUAACUGCCUUGUUGUUUGGGGGGGGGGGGGUCUGA